CGUCAGCACGUUCUCGGCGCGUAGUGCUGUAGCCGUCCCUGCCCUUCACAUCCGUCCACAUCCUACUAGGCUCGACUCCCAAGCGCAGCACAACGAUGGCCCUGCUCAAGUCAAACAAGGUGAUCUACUGUCUCGGGAACAUUUCCCCGAGCCUGGGAGUGCUGUCCACCCGCCACAGCUCAUGGUGGGCUGGAGUGCAGAUGGGUCCCCCCGAUCCCAUCCUGGGGGUGUCCGAGGCCUUCAAGAGGGACACCAACCCCAAGAAGAUGAACCUGGGAGUGGGAGCCUACAGGGAUGACCAGGGCAAGCCUUUUGUGCUCAGCUGUGUCCGCAAGGCAGAGGCCAUGACUGCAGCCAAACAGUUGGAUAAGGAGUACCUUCCCAUUGGUGGUCUGGGGGAGUUUACCAAGGCCUGUGCCCAACUGGCUCUUGGUGCUGAUAAUGAGGUCUUGAAGAGUGGCAGGAACAUCACUGUCCAAACCAUCUCAGGAACUGGAUCUCUGCGCAUUGGGGCCAACUUUUUGUCUCGAUUCCAUGUUGGUCCACGUGAUGUGUACCUGCCCAAGCCCUCUUGGGGAAACCACACACCCAUCUUCAGAGACGCUGGCAUGCAGCUCAACGCAUACCGAUACUACGACCCCUCCACCUGUGGCUUUGACUUCAAAGGAGCUCUCGAGGACAUCUCUAAAAUCCCGGAGCAGAGUGUGAUCUUGUUGCAUGCUUGUGCCCACAACCCUACCGGUGUGGACCCCAGGCCUGAGCAGUGGAAGGAGAUCGCUGAUGUUGUGAAGCAAAGGAAACUGCUCGUGUUCUUCGACAUGGCCUAUCAGGGCUUCGCCAGCGGAGACAUCGACCGGGAUGCCUGGGCCGUGCGCUACUUCAUUGAACAGGGCCACAACAUCCUGCUGUCCCAGUCCUUUGCCAAGAACAUGGGACUUUAUGGUGAGCGUGUGGGAGGCUUCACUGUGGUGUGUAACGACACAGACGAGGCAAAGAGAGUGGAGUCUCAGCUUAAAAUCCUAAUCAGGCCCAUUUACUCCAACCCACCAAUGAAUGGCGCCAGAAUUGCAACAACCAUUCUCAACACACCAGAUCUGCGCUCACUGUGGCUGGAGGAGGUCCAUGGUAUGGCUAACCGCAUCAUUAAGAUGAGAGAACAGCUGGUGGCCGGCCUGAAGAAAGAGGGCUCCACCCACAACUGGCAGCACGUAAUCGACCAGAUUGGGAUGUUCUGCUUCACAGGCCUCAAACCCGAUCAGGUUGAGCGCCUGACGAAGGAGUUUUCCGUGUACAUGACAAAGGAUGGCAGAAUUUCCAUGGCGGGAGUGUCCUCUGGAAACGUGGGCUACCUGGCACAGGCAAUCCAUGCGGUUACCAAGUAGAGUGGAUCCUGCUGGGGGAGCUACAAAAUCAAAGCAGCAGUGUCAAUGAGGAGCUUAAUGCGUCACUUAUUCUCUGUCUGCUCCAUUCCACCUAUAGAAGAGAGCUCAAUAUUUACUUUUAGUUAGACAUUUUUUUUGGAUUGGAUUUCAUCAUGAAUUCGACUUUGUCAACUUUUUUUCUUUUUUUUUUCUUUUUUAAUUAAACAUUUCACUGAACAGGCUCCCCUGCCAAAUUGUAAAAACAAUGAUUUCUCCCUCUGACUGAGCUGAUGUCUCAUCUUUGUUUAUUUAUUAUGUGGAAUCAACUGUCGGCUGUGCGUUAGUGUCCUCCUAAAUGUGUGCUGUUUAUCUGCUGUGGGCCCACUCACUAUAAAACAUCAAGGAACUAACACCAGGGCAAUGUUAGGCUGUGCAUUAGUUUUACGUGCAAGGUGAGAUCUGUUGCUUUGUGGAGGCUAUAGAAAAUGAGUUAUUUUCUUCCUUAAUUGUAACAGUUAAGUUGUAGCACUUUAUAAGAUGUAAGGCACUGUUUGAGUUUCAAGAUUAGGCUGACUCUCUGUUUUUAUCAUUGGACUUUACUGUAUUACAAGGCAUUUGUCAAUCGAGUAAUCAAUUCACUAUCAGGUUUAAUCUGUUGUUGUUCAUCUGAACUAAUCAAUCAUAUGGUAAUUUAGUCUCAUUAUCUCUGAUUGGAAUUUGCCAAUCUAUCUCCCUUGUAUUCAGCACUUUUCCAGUAGGAUUUGUAAAUCCCUUUUUUUUGUGUUUUGUUUUCAGUCUCGUUUGUCGCAGGGCAGCAGUCUCUCAGUCGGUCCGUUUAACCCAGUAACAGACAAGCAUCCAAAGCCAAAAGAGCUAAACUCAGUACAGAGAAGAGAUCAAUACAUGUAGAAUGAAUUCCACCUGAUGUUUUUUUCAUAUUCCACCUUAGCCCAAAAUCAAAUGCCCCAUUUCUCUUUUCAUGAUAAAGGCUUUUAAUGUACUGCAUUUGAUCCCAGUACAAAUGUAUCUUUGUGUGGUUAACGAAGUGAAGUGGGGUACCUGAUUGGGCUGAACACUGGACAGUUCAUGUAGAAAUAUGUGCUUGCCGCUCAUUCAGUCAGCCAUCAUGUUUCAGUGUAUGAAUCUGUUAUUCAUUAAGGGUGAUGGCAUUGAGGAAUGCAGGGUUUCACCGUAGUCUACUUAUACUUCUGAAACAUCUGGCACUUCCGUGCCUUCAUGUUUUGCAUUCUGUCAUGAAAUAAUGGUUCACUGGUCAUGCACCUUAUUGAACAAACAAUAAAUUAUUAUGGAGUAAUAA